UCGAUCGACUGCGAUAUUUAUUUCAAACGUCAACAAGAGUACUACAAAGGAAGACAUAAUUAAAUACAUAUUUUCAAAGACUCAGGAUACGGUGCAAAUGCAAGAGAUAAAUAUGAACACUAAAAGGGAUCAUAUUGCUUUUAAAAUGUUUGUACCACAAAAUAAGUUGGACGUAUACUUGGAUCAGAGUUUAUGGCCCCGUGGAGUUAUCUUUAGGCGUUUUGUUAACUUUAAAUAUAAAAACUCGAACGGAGUUAGCUCUGUAGACGGCGUUGUAAACAAAUAACAAUGGAAACAGAUAACAUGCAAAGCAGUUACACCUUCGCUAGUUUUAAUUGUAAAAGUGUUAAGCGGUCCGUGGACGGUAUCAGAGAGUUAUGCAGAACGUGUGAUUUAAUAGCCCUUCAAGAGACCUGGAUUCUCCCGGAUGAUUUACCGUACUUGAGUACAAUCGAUGACGGAUUUGGGUACACAGGUACAUCUGCGGUGGAUACGUCUGUGGGAAUAUUGCGUGGAAGGCCGUUUGGAGGAGUGGCCCUGUUGUGGAAAACAAGUGUUUUUCGGAAUGUGUCGUCGGUAAUAAAGUGUGACAACAAUCGUGUGUGCGCGAUUAAAAUUGAAACAGCUGAUCGACCCAUAAUAGUGAUGAGCGUAUAUAUGCCAACAAACGCGUUAGUAAAUUUGCCGGACUUUACGGAAUGUCUCAGUGCGGUGAGUUCGUUUGGCACUGAGGCCAAAUUGGAGGGGACACUGGUGAGAUUUACAGCGAAAGAAGUAGCCAAAGUGAUUCAUUCAAUAACGAGAGGCAAGUCCCCUGGCCAUGAUGGCCUCAGUGUUGAACACCUCCAACAUGCCGGGCCGCACAUUUCUAGAGUUCUUGCAAUGUUAUUUUCUUUAUGCGUGAGUCACUCGUAUCUUCCCCCCGACCUUAUGAGGACUGUAGUUGUACCUGUAGUGAAAAACAAAACUGGAGACAUGUCAGAUACAAACAACUACAGGCCUAUCUCUCUUGCGACCAUCAUUGCCAAGGUGUUUGAUGGCAUGCUUAAUAUACAGUUAGAUAAACACCUUUCUCUCCAUGAUAACCAAUUUGGUUUCAGACUGUUGUAUAUGUAG